AUGGGUCUCCACCCGCACAUCGUCGUGCAAGAGCACCAGCUCUACGGUUUCCAAUGCCGCGGGCUCUUCGCGAGCAGCUUUAUCGCACAAGGCGAGGUCGUUUGCGAUUGGGACGAAGGAGAGAUUCGAGGGUACCACGCUUCUGACUUAUUGGCGGAACCCGAUAAGGAGAAACGCGAGACAAUGAUUCGCUACGCGUACAUGGUCGGUGACGACUUGUACGACACGACAGCCGACCCCGAGGACGACCCGAGCUUUUAUUACAACCACUCCUGCGACCCCAACACAUGGUACGCAAACUCACGUUGCAUGGUCGCGCUGCGCGACAUUCAGCCGGGCGAGCACGUCACGUACGACUACGCCUGCACGGAGACGGAGGCGGCGGUUCGCCGGCCACUGCUCGGCCUACAUCGAGAGGAAGAUGGGUCGGGGUGGUACGACCCGCGCGUGGUGACUCGUUACAAGGGAAGUGGCGCGGACGCAUUCAAGGGGCUGUUCGCAUUGGCGAGCAUCCGACGUGGCGAUCCGCUUCUCGUUUUUGCCGGCAAGCUUGUCGGCCUCGACUACCUGCUGGGAAGCGAAGAACGCGUUCGGGAGCUCUCGUUGCGAGUCAACGAUCACCUCUGGCAGGUGCCGGAUCCGACGCGUGGGCCCGAGACGCCCGACUUUAUCAACCACUCGUGCGAACCGAACUGCGGAUUGGAGGACUCGGUUACAGUGGUGGCCGUGCGGGACAUCGCAGCAGGCGAAGAGUUGAGCAUCGACUAUGGGAGUACCAACGCCGGCGUUGUCCACACCAGCAGCGACAACUUCAGUUGCCACUGCGGCGCGUCGAUCUGCCGCGGGGUGGUCACGUGUGACGAUUGGCGGCUGCCCGAGCUGCGGCAACGACUAUGGCCGUUCUUCCCGCCGUUCAUCAAGCGGCUGAUCCUGAGAGAGUCUAAGUCGGACUUGAAGCGGUCUGAAAGUGAUGAGUCAUGCGAGUUGAUCGAAGGCGAGGAACUGGUCUUCAGCACGAAAACCCUGGUCACGGGUUUGGGCCAACCACUAAGUUUUUGGGCGUGA